AACGCGGCUGUAGGAACCACCGACGGAGCUAUCUAACCAGCAGCACGGUGGAAUAAAAUCGAAAUACCUACCUACCUCUACCCUGUCCUCGUUGAUGUCAAACUGUGGGAAAUAAAGGUGUCGCCUUCGUGAACAUUCCAUUAAUGAAUACUUCAGACAGUGAAGAAGACUCCUACAAUGAGAGGACAGCUUUGGUGCCAUCAGAGAGCCCGACAUUGCCACCUUAUAGCCAGGACCCUGAGGUUCUUAGGCAAGUGGACACAGAGACCAUAAGGCGUCGACCAGCUGCUGACCCAGGCAUGUCUUCAAGGCCAGACCAGGGAUUGGUGGAGAGGGAGUCCACAGGGGAGAGUGAGGAUGAGGAACUCACUCUCAAGUAUGGGGCCAAGCAUGUCAUCAUGCUGUUUGUCCCUGUUACGCUGUGCAUGGUGGUCGUCGUGGCAACCAUCAAGUCAGUCAGCUUCUACACGGAGAAGAAUGGCCAGCAGCUGAUAUAUACUCCUUUCACAGAGGACACAACAUCAGUGGGACAGCGACUGCUCAAUUCAGUUUUAAACACCAUCAUCAUGAUCAGUGUCAUUGUUGUGAUGACUAUAUUCCUUGUGCUUCUUUACAAGUAUCGUUGUUACAAGUUCAUUCACGGAUGGCUGAUUCUCUCCUCCCUGAUGUUACUCUUCUGGUUUAGCUUCAUGUACCUGGGUGAGGUGUUUAAGACCUACAAUGUGGCAAUGGACUACCCCACAUUGGUGAUGAUCAUCUGGAACUUUGGGGCAGUGGGCAUGAUCUGUAUCCACUGGAAGGGUCCCUUGCAGCUUCAGCAGGCCUACUUGAUUGUCAUCAGUGCCCUCAUGGCCCUGGUCUUCAUCAAGUACCUGCCUGAAUGGUCAGCUUGGGUCAUCCUGGGGGCCAUCUCUGUGUAUGACUUGAUUGCAGUGCUGUGCCCUAAAGGACCUCUGAGGAUGUUGGUGGAGACAGCCCAAGAGCGCAACGAGCCCAUCUUCCCUGCUCUCAUAUACUCCUCUGCCAUGGUCUGGAUGGUGGGAAUGGCCAAAAUACCAACAGCUGCUGAACCCAUUGACCGUGAUACAGAUGAAGAGGGACACCAGAGUGAUCACAGUGACCUCGAGAGAAACCAGGAGGAGCCAGAGUGCCAGACAUUGUCAGGGAGGGAUCGAGCAUAUGCGCCGGGGGACGAGCAAGAGGAGGAUAGAGGAGUAAAACUGGGCCUGGGGGACUUCAUCUUCUACAGUGUUCUGGUAGGGAAAGCUGCAGCCACAGGUGGAGACUGGAACACAACCCUGGCUUGCUUUGUGGCCAUUCUCAUAGGACUUUGUCUCACUCUCCUUCUGCUGGCAAUCUUCAAAAAGGCCCUGCCUGCCCUCCCCAUCUCUAUUACAUUUGGCCUCAUCUUCUAUUUCUCCACUGACAACUUGGUCCGUCCCUUCAUGGACAGCCUAGCUGCUCACCAGUUCUAUAUUUGACGCCUGCCAAGGGGAGGAGAGUCACGGGUGGACAUAAUGCAACCCAUGGGCUCCAGGUCUGCAGUGGUCCAUCUCCACUAUGUGCCAUUAUUUUUUUUUUCCAAAGGGGAAGAAAAGACAACCUACAGUGUAUUAUUUAGAGCUUUGAAUCGAUGUAGUCCUUUCUUUAAUUCAUGCAUGUGACGGUUUAAGUGGGGAAUCCCACCCGCCCCCUCCCCUCCCCUCCAAUGAAAAGGCACUUCCACCAGUAUCGGAAAUACAUUGUGAUCAAGAAUUAAUUGAAUGCCUUGGAAUGUAGUUACAUUCUGUUUGUUUUAAUGCCAAUUUUUAAAAUGUACUUUUUAACUGCAUCUUUUGUCUUGGUUGAUUAAGGUAGAAGGUUGUGCAUUUGUUAAGGGGUAGGUGUUAGAAGGGUUGUGUGGAGAGACUUUGUCUGCCUAUAUUCCCAUUCCUUCUUUUCCAACAAGAAACUGAGCUUUGGAUUAGGUUAUGAUUUCUUUUCUCUGUUGAAUGGCCAUUACAGCGAAGAGUUGCACCAAAAAAGAUCUGCCAAGCACCAACAAUGCAUGGUGGUUAGAACUGAACACCUGUGAUUAACUGAUAACAGUUUGAAGCAAUUUUGAAAGCUCUGGUAAUACUGACCUGCUGGUUAAAUUAUGGCAUUAAAAACUCUGAAAGAAAUUUGUAUUGAAAAAUAUAUUUUAUAGACUUUAAUAAAGGUGUAAUAUUUAAAUUUAUUUUGUAUCUGAAGGUAUUCUUGUUACAGUUGAAGUGAAUUGUCCCUACAGUGGGUUCAUUGUCAUGUACUGUUUAAAUGUAAUGUGCUACAAUAAAAUACGUUCCUCAAGCAAAUAAAUAUUGGCACCUUCAGUGGUUCUUUUAGAACAUGCCAUUGUGUAUAGUUUUUUGUUUAUAGUCUGUGUAUGCAUUAUGUUAGAACUACUGUGCUAUUGGUUUUAGUGAUGCAGAAAUGUAGGCAAGCUUUAAGUGAAAUGCUCUUUCAAAUUGCACAAAUGCUGAAAAAUAGGACUGAACCUCCCAGUUUUCACAAAAUUUCAUUCACGUGAACCUAUCUAAUCAGACAUCUA